AUGGAUACUUUCAAUGGAAUCAACUAUCGUCCUUACGCCGGAGAAACCGACCUUCCCGCUAUUAUGACUCUGGUGCAAGACGGACUGAGCGAGCCUUAUGUCAUAUACACCUAUCGAUAUUUUCUGAGUUCGUGGCCUCACCUUGCUUUCAUGGCCCAUGACCUAGGAUCCGGAGAACCUGUAGGCGCUAUAGUAUGUAAACAAGAUUCACAUCGCGGAAAGGCCGAACGAGGUUAUAUUGCCAUGCUGGUUGUUGGUGGCGCUUGGCGUAAACGGGGCAUAGCUCGACACCUUGUAGAACUUUCUAUCGAUGCGAUGACUGCGAACGGUGCAGACGAGGUUGCGCUCGAAACGGAAUUCGACAAUACUCCUGCUCUUGCACUCUAUUCGGCUCUAGGAUUUCUUAGAGAAAAGCGACUGUUCCGGUUCUACAUGAACGGAAAAGACGCAUUUCGAUUGAUCAAGCCCUUACGAAGAGUUGGUCAUACAACUGACAAUGUAGCUGAACAACUUAGGGAAUCCUGGGACGGGGAAUGGAGAGAAACCGGAUAUGUUUUUGCUCCACUUUCUCCGAGGCCUACACCAGCUCCUCUAGGACUGUUGUAUACUUGA